AUGAUUGAACGGCACUCUUUAGACCAAGGAAAUUUAAUGUUACGUCGCGCACUCAAACUGACUACAGCUCAAAAUCCACUCUCUCUACAAAACUCAGAUUCUUAUGUAUCGGAAGGCACAAAGAGACGACCAACACGGACUUCAUAUCAAACUGAUAGCGGCCUGGAGAAUGUUAGUGAAGAUCAUAACAUCGUCCAUGUAACGUCCGAACAUCGGGUCCUUAAGAGAAAAGGUGACUCAGAACUGCAUCGAAGGAAACGGCGAAGAGUCACUACGGCAUCGUUCGCCAAAGGACAAACGCCGAUAGCAAUCAGCAAACGCAACAUAAAAUCUGGACCCUUACGUGAGGAAAUUAGUAAUUGUGACUAUGAAAAAGUUAAAUGUGUAUUAGUUGACCUCACCCCAAUAAAAAAUAAAAAACAUUAA